AUGGAGCUCAUGGAAGGGAAGAAGGUCUCAUGGAAGAAAUUCCUCACCUUUUUCCUCUUCAGCUUCGUAUUCAGCUCCUGCCUCUUUGUUUCUCUUCGUCAGUUCAGGACUCCCAAGCCAGAAGAUCACAGUUCCCAUCUCUCUACUCAAAUGCCUCUUGCUGAAAAUACCAGCACCCCACCAAAGAGUGAGCACAGGCUGACCAUCCUGCUGUGGAGUUGGCCCUUUGGGCAACACUUUAAUUUCAGAAACUGCUCAGAGUUAUAUGGCACACCAGACUGUUACUUCACUGUCAACCGCAGCUGGUCCCAAAAGGCAGAUGCUGUGAUUAUGCAUCACAGGGAUGUGUGUUGGGACACAAAAAGACUGGCCCAGAUCCCCAGACUCCCAUCCCAGCGCUGGAUCUGGUUCAACUUGGAGUCUCCAAGUCACUCUCCAAACUUAGGUGCCAUGGACAACCUCUUCAACCUGACUAUGUCAUACCGAAGAGAUUCAGACAUCUUCAGCCCCUAUGGGGACCUGCAGCUCCUCAGCCAGCCCCAACCCUUCAACAUCCCAUCCAAGACCAAGAUGGUAGCUUGGGUAGUGAGCAAUUGGCAAGUAGGCUCCCACCGGGUAAAGUACUACCAGGAGCUGAAGAAAUACAUCGCUGUGGAUGUCUAUGGGCAGCAUCACUUGCCCCUGCCCAGGCACAAGCUUCUUCCCACUGUGUCCCAGUACAAUUUCUACUUGGCCUUUGAGAACUCACAGCACGAAGACUGCGUCACUGAGAAGCUCUGGUGGAACGCUUUGUCCUCUGGCACUGUCCCUGUUGUGCUGGGGCUGCCCUGAGAAAACUACGAGCGCUUCUUGCCCCCUGACUCCUUCAUCCAUGUCGAUGACUUUCCCAGCGCCAGUGACCUGGCACGGUACCUGUGGGAGCUGAGCAGGGACACUGAGCGAUACCAGCGCUACUUUCAGUGGCGCAAGUGGCUGAAGCCUGUGGUGGGGACCGGCUGGGCCCUGCAGGUCUGCAGAGCCUGUCACUUCCUGCAGACAACAGAGACCAGAUACCGGGUUGUGCCCCAUCUGUCUGAGUGGUUCGUGUAA